UUCUCUCUGAGGAGGUUUAGUUUUCUUGAGCUCUGCAGGGACAAUGCCAGAAAGCUACAGGCAAACUCUGAUGCUGAGAACUUAAGAGUCCUGUAUGAAUGCUUGAUGCGGUCAGCAGUGGACAUUUCCCUGUGAGGGCUGAUCCUAAAUGUCCUGCAUGUAUCUCUGGCUGAGGAGUUGCUCCUCUCCUUUGGUGAUUGUUAACUUUUGGACUUUUUCACAUCAGCUCUCUACUUUUCUGGGAAUCUGAAGACACCUGGACCAGUUUGCAUGAAUGAGUCAGUUGAUGCAUCAGUGCUAAACAUCUGGCUGCAGGACGCUAGUGGAGACUUCUGUGAGAGGAGCUGCACCAUCAUCUCCAUCUCCAACCCGAGCAACAGCAACCUGAACGAAUAACUGUUGUAAAGGAGGAAUCAUGAAAGAAAACUUUGGCAUCGAGAACCAGCUUUUCAAAGAAGAGGAUCUUACUGGUGAGGAGGAGGAAAUGCCUUCAUUUAGAGGUCGGACCAGAGGAGGAUGUGUGAGGUGUCAGCAGAGCAGCUCUCUGCAGCUGGCUGUCAAAGUCCUCUAUGGAUUUGUUGCAUUUCUCAUCAUUACUGUAGUAGUGCUAGCAUCACUUGUGUUCAGGAAAGUCGACAAUCUGUCUGAAGAGGAGUCGCUCUAUCACAAGAGGAUCGCCAAGGUUCAGCAAGGAUUAGAUGACCUGAGCGUCACCUCCAACUGCUCGGGCUGUCUGGAUAUGGUUUUUAACAACAAGGAGAUCAGCAGGCUGAAGCGAGAGUUUGCAGACAUCCAGAAAAUGAUGCUGGGGCAGAAUCAGAUCCUGGACCAGGCCUCCCAGACCCAGGACACCCUGAAAGCAACAAGCGACCGUCUGACACGUGACAUGCAAAACCAUAUCAUGUCAAUCAAGCUUCUCAGCCAGUCACUGGGAAGAUACCGUGAUCAGGUGGAUGGCUGGAAGGAAGUGAUUGAGGAAACUGAAGAGAAAAUGAAGACCGUCACAGAGGAUCAGUAUAACCUCAAAGCUGUAGCACAACAAAUUAACACCACAGUGGCACUCAGCACAAUGUGGAUAGAUGCCCUGCAAAGGAAAGCAGAGGAGGAUACAUUGGUUCUCCAGACACUGACCGGGGACUGGCAGAACUACAGCCGUGUUCUGACCACAAUCAAAUCCGAGAUGAGCAGUGCGCCACAGACUUUACGUUACCUCCAAAGUGGUGUUGCCGCAGCACUCCAGAGAAUUGCCGUGUCCACAGAGGUGUACUAUGACCUCACCCAGCAGGUGAUGAACCUACAAAUGCAGCUUGAUAAUGUAACGUCUUUCAUGGAUGAACAUGAGGAGAACAUGCAUGACCUUCAAUACCAUUCUAGGUAUUACGAGAAUCGGACAGGUGAACGUUUCUCUGCCAUGGAAGGUCGUCUAAACUCCAUCGAGAUGGAGAUAGACACCAUCUCCUCAAGCAUCAACGCCACAGUGAGCCAUGUCCAGAGCAUGUACAGGUACAUCAACAUGGAGAGUUCAUCAUGCCAGAGUCGCCUGGGCAGACACACCGAAGAUCUACAGGACUUGAACAACACAGUCUUGUUACUCCUCCACUUAGCAGACACGCUGAGGCAGCAGAACAUGUUGCUGAAUGUCCGACUAGAUGUUGAUGUCAGGAACCUGUCUAUGGUGAUGGAAGAAAUGAAAUUAGUGGACAUUCAUCAUACUCAGCUCAUAAAGAACUUCACUAUAGUAAAAGGGGCUCCUGGACCACCGGGGCCAAAAGGGAAUCGUGGUGAGGCUGGUUCAAGAGGCCCUGUUGGUCUAUCAGGAAGCAAAGGUGACCGAGGUCUUGUUGGAAUCCGUGGAUUGUCUGGGGAGAAAGGUGCUAUUGGGCCCAAGGGACCACCUGGUGAAACAGGCCCUACCGGUUCCAGAGGUGGAAUUGGUUUCAAAGGAGCCAAAGGGUCACUUGGACAGCCAGGUCCACGUGGUGAGAGGGGUGAGAAAGGAGACAUGGGCCGCUCUGGUCAAGAUGGCUUACCAGGAUCAACGGGACCUCCAGGUGUCCAGGGCCAUGAGGGACUACCAGGCAUCAUUGGCCCACCAGGGCCUAAGGGAAAACCAGGGCCAGCAGGGCCACCUGGUCCACCAGGAACUCCUGGUCCUCCAGGCCUCCCAUAUCCUCAUGACAGAAUCAAAAUUCAGCAGCCUUCCCAAACCGUGACACCUGCCAGUGGCUCCAAAAGGCAGUAGACCGAGGUGAGAUGGGUCUGGUACCAAAGCUUUAGAGUUACUGUUCAAUCGUACCUGAAGGAAGCCAUCACCCACAUUGACCUGGAUAUAAUCAGCUAAGAAACAUUCUGAAUGUUUCUUUUGGCUUCAUGAGGAAAUGAAGAACUUUUAUAGAAUAAAUCUGAGACAGAGACGGGGCAAGUAUUCCUCUGAUGAGUGUCAUAAUGAUAAAUAUGAUGAUGAUAAAUGUUGAAAGCAGAACUUUGCUCACAGACUGUUCUCUUUAUUAUUCACUGACGGCUGCAAGUACGCAGGUCAGCAAAGGGCUGUGUUUUGAUCAGACAUCUGAACAUCAUAGUGACUUUACUCUUGACACUAAGUGUACAAUGCUUUGUCGCUCAAGAUGUACCCAAGCGGGGUUUAAACGAUGUACCUUUGAAUGUGAUCAGCAAUGAUUUUGUAUCUUGAAAAUUAAACAAAAGUCCACUGUUUUCAGCUCGGGGUCCAGCUUAAGGUAUUACUUCUGCGCCUUUGCACCUCUGCGUGUUAUAGGGAUUUUCGCGAUGCACUGAGGCUAUGAGAAUACGCUUGUCCAGCAAUUUGCAUGGGUUGAAUUACAAAUUUAUACCAGAUUUCAAACCUCUUACUCAACAAUGAAAUGAAAAUUCUGACAUAUUUUUGUGUUUUCUAUUGAACACAGCUGAAUGUAGUGUCAGUGAGGAAUGUCUGCAGUUGAGGUUGAUGUCUGAGGCCAUCAAAACCU